ACCGAUCCUCACAUUCUGCUUGGAUGGCAUCGGUGUACCAUCCGACUUGAACUGCAACUGGCUGUUAAUGAAACCAAUUUUUAUCGUUCGCCAGUGGACUCGUGAUCAGAUCGAGCGUGGAGUGUCUUGUGAGGCGAAAUAAUCCAUCGACAUCUCUUGCGUAUCGAUUUUUGUCGAGCAUUUCAGUCUUCAAACAAAGAUGGAUUAUCGAUCAUCGGCCCAAGAUACUACCGCCGAUUCGAGCAAUGUCAACCCAGUCAGGAACGUCAAUAUCACCAACAUCACAUCCAUGUUUGAUGAACGAGAGCAAUCCGAUGACGAAUCCCAAGAAUCGGAGCGCUGCCAAAGGGCAGAACAACGGCGGAAGAUUAAACUUGCAAUGUUGAUGCAACAACUCGAAUUUCUCUUCUACGCCCUUGUUGUACUAUGCUACACUCUUGAUGGGAAAAAUUUGAUCUUCAUUCUCAGGACGGUUUCUGAAGUCCAAUUCUCACAACCUAAACAAAUCCAACCAGAUAGACCUCUAAGAUUCUUCGCAUUGGCCUCGUUUGCGAUUUGUUUUUGUGCAUUAUCGAGUCAUCUCAGUUUACUUUCCUCAUCAAACUAUGACCCAAGCGGGAUUCUUGUUGAUUUCAUUGGACAAUUCACUUGGAAUCACCCAUUAGCCAUCAUCGCUUUUCUCGUCGGCUUAGAUGUUUUUAGCUGUUUGGUUCAGCUACUUUUAGUCCUCAUAAGUUUCACCCAAUCUCACUCGAUCCCAAUAUCUGCCGAUCCUACCGCCGCUCACCACUAUGAAUCAUCAACCAUCAGCCCUGAUCAUCAAGACCUUGAAGACCUUGAAGCCAACCAACCUCCCAGCAAACCAAGUGGAACGGAUCCACUAUUGGAUCUGAGGAAUUCAGUAGAAGAAAGAUCGGAUGAAAGCAAUGAAACUUCAAGAAGAGGUCAAUCGAGAGUGACCAAUGAAGCAAGCGACUUUCAACAAGACUUAUUUCUAUUUGAUCUGACGGUUUCCCAAGUCAAAUCCCUCCUAUUUUCCACCAAUCCUCCCACAAGUAAUCGGCCAUCAACAACGGCUUCUUUGGCCGCCAGUCCGACGUCCACACCCCGGCCUUCUAGACCUUUAGUGUCUGCUCAGGUUCCUAUCGUUUCAACUGGUAACACAGAAACCACAGAGGGCGGUAAUCAUCAAAUCCCUGAAAAUCGAGACCAGGCCAAUCUCUCUUCAUCGGCUGAACCAGUAUUCGUUCCGCCUCAUCUUCCCUCCCGGAACGUCGUCAUUCCCAUUGUAUGAAUGAUAUGGUCACCUGAUCUUUUUGCUUACAUGUGUGUACAAAAGAGCUGCAUACCCUCUAUUUCGUUCGUCUUGAAGCUCUCCAGACUUUUUGUUGCAGAUCUUCACGAUUGUUGUAUCUUUGAAUCUGCCUGUUGCUUAUUUUUUUUACUUUAUUUUUCUAAUUAAGUAUUACAAAGCAUCAUUCCAUUACAAUUUCUUGUGAUGAUACAUACUUUCCUCGCCUCAUUCUUUGUUGUGUACACACCCCAUAAUCCAAGUAAAGUUUUUUUUUUUUAGAAAAUUGCCAAUUCACUCUCCCAAUCGUUUCCAUCCAAGACAUCG